AUGACUACCAGUAUUAUCAAAAGCCUAGAUCAGGCGACUGCGAUAGCUUUGCCUACUUCUAUCCCGGCCGAGCCCGCAGUGGUAUCCUUGUUGAGCUCCAGCUCCACCACUGUGUCUGUCAAUAUCGACACUAAAGCACCAUUUUCAGCUAUAAAGGCUCUUUUUGAUCAUCUCAACAAUCAUCCCGAUGACGUCGCGAAGCUUAACGCAACCUAUCCACACCGCGGGGUCAUCAAGAAUGCUGCUCUACGCAAAACCGAGUCUGAUCAGAAGUUUACCAUCGAUCUCUCACCCAUGAGAGAGUCUCGCAUCCCGGAAGCCCUGCGUGAGACUUUGAAUCCUCACGGGCUGAGUGAGGUACUUGAGUUCUUCAACAGCAUCAGUACUCAGUAUGUUCCCACUAUACUGUCUUCUCUGAGCAUCCUCGCCGGUACCGAUCUGUCUACAGCACACGCCUCAUACAAUAUGAACUAUCGUCUGUGCGACUACAACCCGAAUACGGCUGCUCCCGAGUCCUCAAAUGGAUGCGGAGCCCACACGGAUUACGGAACCUUUUCGAUCAUCUUCCAAGAUGGAACGCCCGGCUUGGAACUCGAAGAAGUCCCCGGCACAUGGGCUCCAGUUCCCGGGGAUGCCACUGUUAUUUUGACUGGUUGGUGUGCCGUCAUUUUGAGUGGUGGUCGGGUCGUCGCCGCUAGACAUCGUGUUCGCCGUGCCCCGGGUGUACGUCGGCUGAGUGCAGUCUUGUUUGUCGCCCCGGACCUGGAUGUCAAGCUGAAGCCCCUGGGUAAUUUGCAGCCGAUCAAGGCUUUCUCCGGCAGCAUCAUGCAUGGGGACUUGGAUGUUGCGGCCUUCAAGGAUGUUAUGGGCAAGAGAUGGCGGUACCGAGAGGGAAAUGAAGAGAUGGACAAUGGGGACGCUCUCUCCCAAGACACGGAAAUUGAGCAGAUGGUAUGGGGAUAA